UUUUUGAAGAGGGUGUACAGUGUCGAAAUGAUUGACAAGAUGUCUUAUCGACCUGAAGUAGUGCUUUUUAUAUGUCUAAUAACUGUAACCAAUUUUUAUUAUACAUUUGCAUUAACUGAAGCACAAAUGGCUUCGACAGCUAAAUUAAUAAGAAAAAUGUGCCAACCAAAAAGUAAAGCAACUGACGAACAAAUUGAUAAUUUUCAUAAGGGAGUUUUCGAUAACGAUAAAAAAAUGAUGUGUUAUAUGAAUUGUAUAAUGGAAACGAUGAAAAUUAUGAAAAAUGGUAAACUAGAUGUGAACGCUGCAGAACAACAAUUGCCAACAUUACCAAAAAAAUAUCAAGAACCAACGAAAAAGUCUAUGGACGAAUGUAAAAAUUCAGCAACUGGAGAAAAGUGCGAACCAGCAUACAAUGUUUGUAAAUGCCUUUAUUUGAGCAAUCCAGAGUUGUACUAUUUACCAUGAGUAAACACCAUUUUCUUGUUUGUACCUAUAAUAAUUUUUUAUUAAAAUUUAAUUUGGUAAAAUUAUUUUCUCGUAAAUAAAAUUUCAUACAGUAGGCU